AACUGGAUUCAACUUCAAGUACAAGUCCCCCUGGAGGGCAGUGCCAUCAACCAAAGCCCCUUGCGAGCCGCCACUUUCGUUUUCUCAUCAUGAGCACUUGUAUUCCUGAGAGUACCAGCCCUCGACAUGACGGUGUAGCGGUCUGGCAACUAGCCGAGGCGACAAGGCAAGAUAUUGCGGGACAGAAUAUGGAUCCUGAGAAACUUGUUAGAAUGCUUGAAACGAACUUUCCGGGUGCCUAUGAAGUGGAGAUGGCACACAACACAUAUUCCCUCAAGGCACCACGGAAACUUUCCAUUAGAUUGCGCGAUGUCGGCGAAGAUAAAACACAUAGAAGAUCGUCACUCGCGAUAGUCGUUAAUCAGGCUGACCCCUUGGGAAGUGGUCUUGCGACGCGCCUGACGAUGCCGAUGGGGGACCUCAUGCAUCUUUCACUUUUCUUGCGGCUCCCCUUCUUUUUCUGUAUCUCCUUGCUUUUGAGUGCCACAGAGUCUGAUUUUAUGCGCUCAGAUAGAAUCUCCGUCAGACUUUUGGUUAUAACUUUCUUUUCUUUUUGUCAAUUUUGUCAUUCGAUUUGGGAAGUAAAUCGCCAAUCAAAUUGCAGUCAUAUGGCAAAGUAACCAGAAAUAUUGGUUAUGAGACCAAUAUCACAAUACAUGCAGUUAGCAGAUCUAUUCUUAGUAAGAUAGGACACUUUGAUCCGUCACCCCUCGUAACAGAC